CUUGUUCUCCAGAAAGUCGAACUUCAAGCUGGUUGUCGAAAACAAGGGCGGUGGAUCACAAUGAAUUGCCCAAAUGGGGCUAUGGCCAGUUACGUCAGUCGUUCGAGCUGGAGCCGGUCACUGUCAACUUGCAUCUUGCCAGAGACCACCAUCGUCCCUAAAUCUCGACUGUCUAUCCAUCAUGUCGGAGACCCCAACAGCUGGAGACGCGGUUCCCGCUGCUCAGCGGAGCAGCUGGACGUCGUUCUUGAAAUCCAUCGCGUCCUUCUCGGGCGAUCUGUCGUCCAUGACUGCUCCGCCCUUCAUCCUCAGUCCUGUCUCCCUCACUGAGUUCCCUGCCUACUGGUGUGAGCGCCCGGAGCUCUUCUCUGCCAUUGCCGAUGCCGCAACGGAGGAGGAUCGUUCGCUUGCCGUCCUCGAUUGGUUCAUUAGCACGCUCAAGGGCCAAUACACGUCUCGCAACGAAUCCAUGGGUUCGGAGAAGAAGCCCCUUAACCCCGUCCUCGGCGAGCUCUUCUACGGUAUCUGGCCAAACAAGAAUGGGCGCGGGCAGACGGACUUGAUCGUCGAGCAGGUGUCGCACCACUCGCCCGUGACGGCGUACUGCAUCGAGAACCGGAGCAAGGGCUUGAAGCUGACGGGCCACAACGGUCAGAAGACGUCGUUCAGCGGCGGGUCGAUCAUUGUGAAGCAAAUCGGGCACGCACUGCUGACGGUGAAGCGGCCGGAUGGACAGGAUGAGGAGUACCUCAUCACCUUCCCGCGCCUGCGCAUCGAUGGGUUGUGGUACGGUUCCCCGUACAUCGAGCUCGUCGACACUUCGUACAUCGUCGGGAGCACGGGCUACACGUCGACGAUCGAGUACAAGGGCAAGGGCUAUUUCACGGGCAAGUCGCACACGUUCAAGGCUACCGUCUCGUCGCCGAAGCUGCACACGCCGUACGUGAUCGACGGUUUGUGGCACACGACGAGCACGGUAAGUUCGGGGCCUGGAAAGGGCAAGUACAAGAAGGGCCAGACGUUCCACGAUGUGACGACGGCGAAGGAGGAGGUGACGGUGAUCGGGGGCGAGUCGAGCGGGGAGAUGGGCGAGUUCGAGAGCAGGAAGUUGUGGGGAGAGGUCGCGAAGGGGAUCAAGACGGGCGAUUUUGACAACGCGAGCAAGGAGAAGACGAAAAUUGAGAAUGACCAGAGGCAGCGCCGACGCGACGAGGCCGCAGCUGGCACCAAGUGGCCGUUGAAGCACUUCAAGUGGAUCGAUAGCGACCCGAACUAUGCCCGGUUAGGCCAGAGCAUCAACAUUGCUCCGCCCAUUGAGGAGGCCUAUGAGUUCUUGGAGAACUGGCCGGAGCCGUUCGGCAAGGAAUGAGAGGCAGGGCCUGCGCGCAACCCCUGCACAGGCAUCGCGUCUCGAGGCUCGAGUGUCCCAGGACCCCUUCCCGGCGGACGGUUUGAAGUUCAUGUUGAGGAUGCGCUUGAAUACCAUGAGCAUUGAGACUGUUUUUAUCUACACUUCUAUAGCCCUAAUUGACAGCUCGCUGAGUUUGUCCAUGUUCUUAUUGGAACCUUCUUACUGGUCCUUCCCACAGGGCGAUGCAUAGGCAUGUAUGCGGUGG